UUUCUCUUGAGCUUGAGAUUGUCAGUUACUAAAAAUAUAAAAAAAAAAAAAAAACAACAAGAUUCUGUCUUCUUGUAGGCUUCAACAAUAUUUUACUUUGUGCAUAUCCGCUAGUAAAAGCCUACCUAAAACCGGCCCACACCGAUCAACCAUAGAGUGUGUUGUUUUUUAUACAUAUUUACUGUCUUUUUCUCUCUUCUUUGAUUAAUAUUUUACUGUGGGUAUAUUAACCAUGUGGGUAUAUGCUUAUUUUACUGUGUCAGUGGAAUCUUUGUUUCAAAAACAUUAGGUUGUUGUGAGGUGAGGUUCAGUGUUGUUGAAAAUCUUGAUUCUUUACCCAAAGCUAAAGUUUUGUGCUUUAAUGCUUCUACAUAUAUGACUGGUGGAAAUAUGGUCCUCGAAUUUCAAAAGGGGUUGUCCCAAAACUGAUAUUGACAUGCUAAUGAUGAUGACAAGAGUUGAGAUUCUUUUGGUUUUUUGUAUGUGUGUGAUGGUGGUACAGGUGAUACCUAUGGCAGUCAAGGGUAAAACUGGAAAUACAACAGUUUCACGGUCACCAUCAUCGUCGUCGUCAAGAAUGCCUAGUGUUGUGAAUGUUGGAGCUUUGUUUACUGUAAACUCGGUUAUUGGACGCUCUGUGAAGCCUGCGGUUGCAGCCGCCGUUGAUGACGUCAAUAACAGUCCAACUGUUCUUAGAGGAGUUGCAUUGAACCUUAUUCAGCAUGAUACAAAUUGCAGUGGAUUUCUUGGCACCAUUGAAGCUUUACAGUUAAUGGAAAACGACGUCGUAGCCGCAAUCGGACCACAAUCCUCCGGCAUAGCACACGUGAUUUCCCACGUAGUAAACGAACUCCAAGUCCCACUUUUAUCAUUCGGAGCAACCGACCCGACCCUUUCAUCUCUCCAAUACCCAUACUUCAUCCGGACCACACAUAACGACUACCACCAAAUGUCCGCCAUCACGGAUCUCGUCCUCCACUUCGACUGGAAAGAAAUCAUCGCUAUAUUCGUCGACGACGACUACGGCCGCAAUGGCAUUUCCGCCUUAGGCGACACGCUUGCAAACAAACGCGCCCGUAUCUCCUACAAGGCGUCGUUCACUCCAGGCGCGUCGCUCGCCAACGUUACGGAGUUACUCACUAAAGUUAACUUAAUGGAGUGUAGAGUUUAUGUUGUGCAUGUGAAUCCGGAUACGGGUUUGAAUAUUUUCCACGUGGCAAAGAAGCUCGGGAUGCUCACGAGUGGAUACGUUUGGGUAACUACCGAUUGGCUUCCGGCCGUUUUGGAUUCGUCCGAGCUGCCGGAUGACGACACGAUGGACCUUAUCCAAGGUGUCGUGUCGCUCCGACAGCAUACGACGAAUUCCGUUAUUAAAAAAGAGUUUUUAAAAAAAUGGAAGAGUAAACAAGGUAACGAACGUAAACAAACGACUAGUUUUAAUUCCUACGCGCUUUACGCCUAUGAUUCGGUUUGGGUGCUUGCACACGCGCUUGAUAAGUUUUUAAAAGCGGGUGAACGUAUCACAUUCUCGUAUGAUCCGAACAUUCGACGUACGAACAGUACUGAUAUUCAGUUAUCGAGUCUUCGUGUGUUUAACGAAGGAAACAAGCUUCUGGAAAUGAUUAGAGAUACGAGGUUUGUCGGUUUAACCGGUGAGGUUAAGUUUGAUGAGGAUAAGAAUCUUGUUCACCCGGCUUAUGACGUAAUCAACAUUGGUGGGACCGGUGUACGGACCGUUGGGUACUGGUCGAACCACUCGGGUCUCUCGGUUGAUUCACCCGAAUCGUUGUAUGGAAAACGGAUGAACCGUUCUUCGGCUGAUCAGCGGCUUUAUAGUAUAAUUUGGCCUGGUGAGACGAGUGAUAAGCCGCGCGGAUGGGUUUUCCCGAACAAUGGGAAGCCAUUGCGAGUGGCUGUGCCGUACCGGCAUAGUUAUAAGGAGGUUGUGACAAAAGAUAAGUCAACACAAGGUGUUAGAGGAUAUUGUAUCGAUGUUUUCGAAGCGGCUGUGAGUUUACUUCCGUAUGCUGUACCACGGAAAUACAUCUUGUACGGGGAUGGUCGAAUGAACCCGAGUUACAACAGUCUUGUUAAUGCUGUUGCUGAAAAUAAGUAUGAUGCAGCUGUGGGAGAUGUUACUAUAACAACAAACCGAACCAGGAUCGUUGACUUUACGCAGCCGUAUAUGGAAUCCGGGCUUGUGGUAGUUGUUGCAGUCAAAGCAGCAAAACCUACACCAUGGGCGUUUCUCAAACCGUUCACAAUCCAAAUGUGGCUGGUCACAGGUGGAUUCUUUAUUUUCGUUGGAUCUGUUGUUUGGAUUCUCGAGCAUCGCUUGAACCACGAGUUUCGUGGACCACCGAGCCAACAAGUCAUGACAAUCUUCUGGUUUAGCUUCUCAACCAUGUUUUUCUCACACAGAGAGAACACUGUGAGCACGUUGGGACGGAUGGUGCUAAUCUUGUGGCUGUUUGUAGUGUUGAUUAUUAACUCUAGUUACACUGCCAGUUUGACAUCAAUCCUCACGGUACAACAACUGACAUCACGUAUUGAAGGGAUAGAUAGUUUGACAUCUAGUAACGAGCCGAUUGGAGUUCAAGAUGGGACUUUUGCGUAUAACUAUUUGGUUCGAGAUCUUCAAAUUGCGGAAUCUAGGAUCAAACCGUUGAGAGGUGAGGAAGAGUAUGCAAAUGCACUUCGUUUAGGUCCUAAAGGCGGUGGUGUGGCUGCCAUUGUCGACGAGCUUCCUUACGUAGAGUUGUUUAUGCGUUACACCAAGUGCGAGUUCCGGAUUGUUGGUCAAGAGUUCACCAAAAGCGGUUGGGGCUUUGCAUUCCAGAGAGACUCUCCACUAGCAGUGGACCUAUCAACCGCCAUCCUCCAACUGUCCGAAAAUGGAGAACUGCAACGAAUUCACGACAAAUGGCUGGCAGCUCCUUCAUGCUCGACUCAAGCCACCGAUGUUGAAGAGAGCAGCAGCUUAUCACUAGGCAACUUCUGGGGUUUGUUCCUCAUUUGUGGGGUGGCAUGCUUCAUUUCUCUAAGCAUUUUCUUCGGUCGAAUGCUGUGUCAAUACAGGCAGUUUACUCCCGAUGAAGAAGAGCCUCACGAGGUCUUGGAACCGGAUUCGCAAACACGCCGUGGGCGACCCUCACGACUCGUGAGCUUCAGGGAUUUGAUGGAUUUUUAUGAUAAAAAGGAUGCGGAGAUCAAGGAAGUGCUUAGGCGGAAUAGGCGUGAAGCUAGAAGGGAGUCUGGUGAACAUAGUGGCUCACCUUAAAGGAGAAAUUUGGUUACAAAAUAUAGUAUUGUGUGAAUUUUUUUUUAUAAAUAGAAUGCUUAGUUUAUUGCCAUAAAAUACGAUUUUCUAAAAAUCACCAGUCAUAGGUACAGUUUCCAUUUGUUGCAGUGUGUAAAACAUGUUAUGUUGCAUGUUCCAAGUGUACAUUCUCCCGGCCAAGAUUCGACCGAAUCUUUGCUUUUACUAUGGGGUUGUUGUAAUCAGUGUGUAUUGAACAUUCACAAUGGAAACUGCGGUAUCAUCCAUAUAAUUUAACUAAAAUACACAUUUAU